AUGCCUCAGCCAACUGGUUUUGCGGCAUGGGGCAUCACUUCCCACCAAGCAAAAUUAGUAUCCUGGUUCAGGCUGACACGAGAGGUCCGAGGGAUGAUCAUAAAUUACCCUAUAAACUGUGACGGAGUUGAUGCAUCCAGCAGCUUUAUGUCGCUCGUUGAUGGCCUGACUUUUUGGAGUACUAUCAGCGCUUUCUUCUGCGUCUGCCGGAGUUGGCGCGGAAUGGCCACGAUUGUCCUGCUUAGAAGCGGAGUAGCCAAGGUCAUGACCGUUGCGCCACAGUGGAUUUCCGAAAUAGCCCUUCGAGAGUUCCAUUCUCUCCACAAGCGAAACCUUGAGCAGUACCCGCACGAUAUUCCAACCCUCACUACGCAGUUCAGAACAAUUCUGGAUAGGUUAUUCAUCAUGGCCCUCCGACGCGGCUUUGACGGGAUCGUGGAACGCCUCCUGUACAUUGGAGCUAGCCCGGCCGUUCAAGACCCAGAGGGAGAGAGUGCCUUGUACAUUGCAACAUUUAACCAGAGCGCCAGAUGCGCCAGGGUGUUGCUAAGACACGGUGCGGUCGUGGACGAACCAGCCAGGGACCAAGACGGCCUUAGGACCUCGGUGGAAAUGGCUGCUAUCAAUUUUGACUGCGAGGUUAUGGACCUGCUCAUCGAAUACGGCGCAAACCUGAACAUUUCACUGGACACGCACGGCCAGACGUACCACCUGGUUGAAUGGGUCGUCAGCAUGGGCCACCUCGAGAUGUUGGGUCUUUUAAUCAGCCACGGUGUGCUGAUGUGGUACCUCCCAGACUCCUACUGGGAAGAUCUCCUGGUCAUCUCCGUUGCGCGUAGGUGGCCAAUGAUGACGAGGAUGCUUUUGGACAACGGCUAUCCGAUUGCUUUCUUUGAGAAGGCUGUGGAGGAUAGGGUGAUCUGGCCUACAUACUCGAUGAGAAGAGUUUUGUCUGACUAUACUGUUUGGAACGUUCUUCCAAUUUCUAGCCGGGAGGACCCUAUGCCAAUAUGCCCCGGCUUUAUGUGA